UAUAAAGCAGCGGGCUCCAGAGCCCGACCCAGUCUUUGGGGCAGAACCCGGGCCUGCCUGCUCCCUGCUCUCCUCCGCUGGUUACCACCAUGACCCCAGGCAUCCAACCCACCCUGGUCCUUGUACUGUUCCUGUUACUUACAGCUGUCCUCCACAGCACCUCUGGCACAACAAGUACAACUACAGCUGCAGACAGAACCAGCAGCAACAGAAGUACAGAGAAUGACAGCACAACAGCAAUGACCUCACAUGCUAUAGUUUCAUCUAGCACAACAAACCCACAUCUGAUCAUCACAGCAUCACAACUGAACGUCCCGACGGUCACGGCUCCAACUCCAGCCACCAAAGCAUCACAACUACACAACCUGGCAGUCACAGCUCCUCCCCAGCCUCUGGUCGCCUUAGCUUCACAACUGAACGUCCCGACGGUCACGGCUCCAACGCCAGCCACCACAGCAUCACAACUACACAACCUGGCAGUCACAGCUCCUCCCCAGCCUCUGGUCGCCUCAGCUUCACAACUGAACGUCCUGACGGGUCACGGCUCCAACUCCAGCCACCACAGCAUCACAACUACACAACCUGGCAGUCACAGCUCCUCCCCAGCCUCUGGUCGCCUCAGCUUCACAACUGAACGUCCCGACGGUCACGGCUCCAACGCCAGCCACCACAGCAUCACAACUACACAACCUGGCAGUCACAGCUCCUCCCCAGCCUCUGGUCGCCUUAGCUUCACAACUGAACGUCCCGACGGUCACGGCUCCAACUCCAGCCACCACAGCAUCACAACUACACAACCUGGCAGUCACAGCUCCUCCCCAGCCUCUGGUAGCCUUAGCGUCACAACUGAGCGUCCCGACGGUCACGGCUCCAACUCCAGCCAUCACAGCAUCACAACUACACAACCUGGCAGUCACAGCUCCUCCCCAGCCUCUGGUCGCCUUAGCUUCACAACUGAACGUCCCGACGGUCACGGCUCCAACUCCAGCCACCACAGCAUCACAACUACACAACCUGGCAGUCACAGCUCCUCCCCAGCCUCUGGUCGCCUCAGCUUCACAACUGAACGUCCCGACGGUCACGGCUCCAACUCCAGCCACCACAGCAUCACAACUACACAACCUGGCAGUCACAGCUCCUCCCCAGCCUCUGGUCGCCUUAGCUUCACAACUGAACGUCCCGACGGUCACGGCUCCAACUCCAGCCACCACAGCAUCACAACUACACAACCUGGCAGUCACAGCUCCUCCCCAGCCUCUGGUCGCCUUAGCUUCACAACUGAACGUCCCGACGGUCACGGCUCCAACGCCAGCCACCACAGCAUCACAACUACACAACCUGGCAGUCACAGCUCCUCCCCAGCCUCUGGUCGCCUCAGCUUCACAACUGAACGUCCUGACGGUCACGGCUCCAACUCCAGCCACCACAGCAUCACAACUACACAACCUGGCAGUCACAUCUCCUCCACAACCUCUAUACACUAUAGUCACACGUCAGUAGCCCCUGACUAUCACACCUCCCCUAUAACCCCUGGUCACCAUAGCAACACAUCUGCACCUCCUGACCAUCACACCUCCAGUGUACCCACUAGUCAUCAUGUCACCAUAGCUACAAAAAGUACCCAAAUCAUUACAGCAACAACUGGUAAUCAGAAGAAUAUUUCUUCAACCCUUCACCAGAAAGUCACAUCUGCCCCUGACAAUAAUCACAGCUCCAUAUCACAACCCAUUACGAUCAUCCAAAGUACCCCUUACCUCCCAGUUGUCAUUGAUGAGAGAGCCAUAUUUUUCCUCUCAUUCGUCAUCAGCAAUCUGCCGUUUAAUUCUUCUCUGGAAAAUCCCAGCUCCUUCUACUACCAAGAAUUGAAGAAUUCUAUCAGUGGUCUGUUGCGGCAGAUCUACAAAGACAAGGCAUUUGUGACUUUUCACCUGCUCCAAUUCAGAAAGGGCUCUGUGAUUACAGACUGUACUGUGGUCUUCCAAGCGGGCAGCAUCACAACCAGUCAAGUACAGAAACUGUUUGCUGAAAAUGUGAAGAAAAGUAAUCUCUACAACCUGACUAUUUCACCAUCAGAUAUAAUUGUCCGUGAGUGGAAUUCAGCCUCAUCUCCUGACUCUGGUGUGCCUGGCUAUGCCAUUGCUUUGCUUGUGAUAGUCUGUAUCCUGCUUGCUUUGGCGAUUUUCCACUUUGCUGUCCUGGGGCUAUCUUACUUCCGCCGGAAACACUGUGGACAGCUGGAUAUCUUCCCAUCCCAAGAUUCUUAUCAUCCCAUGAAUGAGUACCCCACUUAUCAUACCCAUGGGCAAUAUGUGCCCCCAGGCAGCACCAAGCGCAGUCCCUACGAAGAGAUCUCUCCUGGAAAUGGUGGCAACAACCUCUCUUACGUGAAUCCAGUGGCCACUUCUGCUAACCUGUAAAGGAAUAGUGCCAGCCUUGUGCCUAGGGCCAAGCAUUGCCGAGAGCACUUCCCCUGCUCUCCCUGGAAGGGAAAGUGAGAAGUCCUGGGUGGGAAGUGCCCUGAGGGGCCCUUCCUGGAAGGCGCAUUAGACCCCCCUCCCCCAUGCCCAUAAUCCAUCUCCAGAAGUUGUCAGAGAUUGCCUGCUGCUAUCCCACUGUCACGCCAGAUCCUGAGGGGAAGGAGCCUGGGUGGGUAGGGAUGGGGGAAGAGGAAUUGUAUGUGACUGAAUAAAACUGAUGACCCCCACACACA